AUGUCAAAUUUCGAGCCGAACGCAGUGAUCCGCGGCUUUCAGCUCACAAUUGUAGGAACCGUUCGUGCAUUGACGAACCCCGAACUGUUCAAGUACGAGCAUUUCCGGCAAGCAGCUCUUGCGAUAGCCAUCGGCAUCGUUAUCCAAUUGAUCAUUCAGAUCCCAAUCCUGAGUGUGAGAUUUUCUAUCUACCUCGUGUCAUGGGUGAUCAACCUAGAGCAGGCGGUUUGGGAUGACAAGCUUCUCAAUGGCUUGGAAUUCAUGUCCAGGUCUGUCCUCCAGGUGCCAUUCCUCCUAAUGACCCUGAUGCGUUAUGUGACGCCCACGCUGGAUGAAAUCUUUAUGGAGUCCAUUCAAUGGGUGGAUACCACAUACACCCAGAAACAUAAAACCGAGGAUCCUAACAAAUUGCGCUCUAUGUAUUACCCCAAUCUUGUUCAGUACUCUCCCAAAGGCGGUUCCAGCGCUUCCCGGCCGAUUCCCGAAGCAAUCAAGUCAUUCUUCAAUCGUUAUGCGAAAAAAAUUGGCAUGAUGCUUGGGAUUUACCUGCUGUCAAUGGUUGCUGUUGUUGGUCGAUUCGUUAUGCCUGCGGCCAGUUUCUACACGUUCCGAAACCACGUCGGUUCUGGUCCCGCGGCCGCUAUCUUUGGUGCAGGACUGUUUCUGCCAAAGAGAUACAUUGUCAUGUUCCUUCAUACCUACUUCGCUUCGCGCAGUCUGAUGCGUGAGCUUCUCGAACCAUACUUCUGGCGCAUCAAGUUCACCCCGGAACAAAAGCGUCGGUGGUUCCGGGAUCGCGAGGGUGUUCUGUUCGGCUUCGCCUUUGCUUUCACGGUUAUUCUGCGCAUCCCUUAUCUCGGUGUGCUGAUGUAUGGUGUUGCUGAGGCAUCCACGGCAUAUCUUGUCACUAAGAUUACCGACCCGCCGCCAACUCCUUCCGCGAGCGCUGACUUCGCAGAAAGCCAGGUAACCUGGAAGAACAAGCAUGAUUUCUUGCGCUUGUCUCUGGAUAAUCUUGACAAGCUCAAUGUUGACGCGGAUGAGCGCGAUAGUGAUGGCCCUAACUCGCCCGGAAAGAAGUUUACCUAA